AUGGGCCGUUACGACCCCGUGUCGCAGCCCCAAAAGAAUGAACCAGAUACCUUCGCUCCACCACCGCCUACGUAUUACAAUGGUCCGGUUGCAGCUGCAUCUGGAGGCUUUCCAUCGCGCUCGAAAUUCGACCCUCGUGGGUGGAGUCUGCGCAAAAAGAUUCUAGCCGGCUUAGCUGUUGCCAUCGUGAUAGUCGUGGUGAUCGUGGGACCAUACGAAGGCGUCAAGCAAAAUCGCUACCCCAACUACUACCCGCUCAAAUAUUCCUUGAAGGACACCUACCAGGGAGCCAAUUUCUUCGACAAUUUCGAGUACUGGUCGGCUCCUGAUCCGGCUCAGGGCUUCGUUCACUAUCUUGAUGCAGCAGGUGCCAAAUGGUCAAACCUGUCCUAUGCGACCGACACUUCUGCUGUCAUCAAAGUCGACACCACAUAUCCCAAUACCGUCGGGGGUCGAAACUCGAUCCGGAUCCAGUCGAAGAAAACGUACAAUGAUGGCCUCUUUAUCUUUGACAUCCUGCACUCCCCGUACGGGUGCGGGACAUGGCCAGCAUUGUGGCUGGCGGACGCAUACAACUGGCCUACAAACGGUGAAAUCGAUGUGGUCGAGGCCAACAAUGCUGGGACAUUCGGGAACCAAAUGACCCUCCACACCACCAAAGGCUGCACCAUGGGCGUCAAGCGGAAGCAGACGGGCAGCGUCAUUGCCAAAGACUGCUACAACGUCACCAACAACAACCAGGGUUGCGGGGUUCAGGCGCCGCCUGCUACGUACGGGCCUGAAUUUAACGCCAAUGGCGGAGGGGUUUAUGCGGCGGAGCUGAGAGAUGCCGGGAUCCGGGUCUGGUUCUUCCCUCGCGACUCGAUUCCCACCGACAUCACCGACCCCAACGCGACGCCCGACCCGUCGACCUGGGGAGAAGCGUUGGCCGACUUUCCCAGCACUGACUGUGACAUUGCGUCUCAUUUCCGCAACCAGAGCAUCAUCGCCAAUAUCGAUCUGUGCGGGCAGCUGGGAGGGCAGGUCAGCCUCUACAAUGAGCAAUCCCACUGUCCCGGGACGUGCACGGACUUUGUGGCCAACAACCCGGGCGCCUUUAAUGAGGCGUACUGGGAGUUUAAGAGUUUCAAAGUUUAUCAAGCGAGUUAA